ACAUGUUUGUUGACUUUACUUUCAUUUGAGAGAGUGGAGCUGGUGAUCAUGGCGGAGGAUGUGGUCGUGUCAGAGGAGACUUUAACAAGUGCUCUGACUCUGUUGGUCAACUGGAGCAAACUCCUGUUAAGUGAAGCCAAACGGGAGGCAGCAGAAUCCCUGGAGGAUUUUGUCCCACAUAAGAUCAGCACUUUGUUCGGCCUGAUCACCGCCGGAGCAGACUUCUACAAAAGCCUUGGGGUGAAGAAGAAGAGUGAAGCAGAGGCCAUAUGGCAAAAGUCUUAUCACCAUGCAGCAGUGAGAGAGAAGGUGGACGAGCUCCUGCAGGUGGAGACUGAGUGGGACUCGUUCCUGGAGGGCGUGGACAGCGGCCUGCAGACGACAGGCGACGGACAGCCUACUGGAGGAAACACAGCAGACAGCCUGAGCCCUGACACUGAGUUCACUGACGCACGCAGCAGAAAGAGUGUGACUCUGGGUCAGUACCUGGGUCAGGGUCAGAAGCUGCUGCUGGUCCUCAUCAGACACUUCGGAUGACUGCCGUGACGAGACCACACGGCCGAGCUGGAAGCCAAUCAGGCUCUCCUCGACGCUCGGUCAGUGAAGGUCUUGGUGGUCUCGUUCGGCGGUGUGGAGGGCGCUCAGCUGUGGAAGGAGCAGACUGGGUGUACCUACGACAUGCUGCUGGAUCCACAGAGGAAGGUGUACAGGAGCUUCGGCCUGGGCUCGUCCUACGCUAAGGUGAUGAGGUUCGGCUGCCUGCUGCAGUACUCGGAGUACGGAGCUGUGGGAAUCGACUUCCCUGACGUCCCCCCUCGCCUGAUGGAAGACAUUUAUCAGAUGGGAGGUGACUUUGUGCUGAACGAAGCCGGGAAAGUCCUUCUCUCUCACCCGUCUAAAAACCCUCACGACAGACCGACUGUGAACGACAUCCUGCAGGCCGUGGACCCACAACCCAGGCUGUGAAAAUGAAAAAAAAUAAACACGCCGAGCCUUUUCGGGUUUACGUUUUUAACUCAUCGCUGACACCACAGAGAGAGAGCAGCUCUUUUGAGUCACACUUAUGACGUCAUGUCUCCCAUUCAUGACAUCAUGAAGAGGUGUGGCCGAUGCAGAGAAUGUGAAGCAGAGGAACGUGCUCGUCUUUGUCGUGUCAGUGUUGGGAUGGGGCCAUGUUUUAAAAGAAGUGGUACUACUACUACUGCUGGAUCAAAUGUGAUUCAGUUUGAAUUCUAUAAUAAUAUAAAUGAUCAGUAAUCUAUCACUCUAUGUGGAUAGCAACUAACAGUUUCUUCCUCUUUUUAAAUAUCCAAGAAGAAGAAGAUGGUCUUUAUUAAUUUUUACACUCUGAGACAUACACACACACACACACACAGGCUGACACACACACACAUGCACAAACAGGAUCCUAUCGACAUGCGCCAAUGUAGAGAAGUCAGAGUGAGGUGGCUGUGCACAGCGAGCGCUCCUGAGCUGGUGGAGAUGGUUCGGCAGUGCUCAGGGGUUUGUUUUGAUUUGGAGGAGCACGUGAAGCGACGUUUUACAUUUCAUUUCGCACGGCAUUGUGGGUAAUAAAAUACAACACAUUUCCUGAAAGGAUGCAUCCAAACCAUACUGCACAAAACCAGGAAGUUAGUAUCCAUGCUGAAAUGUUCUCUCUACUGAGGUGGACCCGAAGAAUGACCACGAUGGUUCAGUGGACUGAAAAGUCUGCACUGCAUACUGAACUGUGGCUUUUCAGAAAAGGGCCAUACUGUAUAUUUUUCCCCUGAAUCAGUCAGCAUCCGGGCGGUUUUGAUCUCACAUAUGUUCAGUUCUGUAAACUGCAUUUUGCACUAAUCAGUACAUACUACUGGUAUAGUAGGCGGUUUAGAAAACAGCCUUUAUUAGGUUGUUUUUUAAAGAUAGUCAAGGAAAGACCAUCCCUUUUAUUCCUGAUAUAAUCUUUGACUUAAGAUCGAUUUUAUUGUAGAACAGCACUCUGACAUCAAAUUACAGAUAAAAGGUGUCAUUCAUUUUAUUUGAUGGGUCUUCUCUUUUCAUAUUUAUAGAUUUAAAGAGCACAUACUGUGAUGUUUUUCUAUAAACUGUGAGCUGAAAUAACCCCCAAUAUGCUGAGAUCAUGAUGGAGAGUAGAGCUGGGUAUCAAACCUCUUUCUUUCUCUUAAGCUCUUGUACAGGUUUGUGUAUGGGGACGACAUUCAACAUUUUACAACCUGGACAUCUUCUGUUGAAUUUAAAAUGCCUCUGCUGAAAAAAAAGAAGAAGCUGUAUUUCUAAAAUGAAAGUACCAAAAAAAAGAAGAACAAGUUUUGUAUCUUAAUAAAGGUUGAGAUGUUUUGAAUACCCAGCUCUACUGAGGAGCAAAAUUAAUUAUUUUAUACAGACUAAAAAUGUUCUAAUCGUUUAGAAAAUGAUUUUGUCUACUCUUGAGUAAAGAUUUAUGAUAAACAA